CAGCCACCACAAGGCAUGGAUGAAACUCACAAGCUCGCUUCCACGGAGAGGACCCAGCUGUUGGAGAAAGAACUGGCCGUGCGGCUGGCCGAACUGAAGUCUGAGCUAGAAGGGCAGGGGCCUUUUUGGGGAACAUCUAACAGAGCUUACAGCUCUGUUCAGAUACCGAAAGACAUUUCUUACUUUAGAAGAGAACGGGAACUGGCACUCCAGAGAACCUUACAGGUGGCCACGGCGAAGCCCCUUGUUAUUCAGGCAGAUGUCCUGCAGAGGGAGCUAGAGAGCUGCCUAAGAAGAGAGUACACUCCGGAAAACCUACCUUUGCUUCUACUGCAGCAUUACACAGCGAGAACCGCCCAGCUGGUUCAGAGCAAACGCCUCCACGUGCUCAGAUGGAAGAGGUUUUGCCGGCGCGGUCAGCCCAUGGAGCAGCUUUUUCCGCUUUACAAGAAACAAGUUGGCUACAUUAUGCAGGAGUGCAGUGAUGCUGCUCAGAGAGCUGAAAGAUUGUCUGUGGCUCGAGAGAACUUCCUGAUGGGAAAAACCAACCCUCCUGAGUUAGUAACCCUGGAAGACCUAACCAUCUACACCAAGUGGCUCGUGUGUCACCUGCACUCUCUCCGGACUGUCCACCGCUACCUGCAGGCCCUCCAGAAUCUACCCAUCUCCAAGGUGCUGAGUGACACUGAAAAACAAGCCCCUGAAAAUGAGAAGGUCAAUGUCAAUGACAUCAACCCCGAUGUCCAGGGUUCUGCAUCUCCUGGCACUGUGGAUACCAGCAUUGCAGGUUCAAGGAGAGCAGAGGCUGCUUGUGUCUUGCCCCAACACACAGCAGAAGCAGAAGACCUGAAGCCUCAACUGAAGUCCCUCCUCUCCCAUUUCCACAUCCCAUACGACGUCAAAGAGCUCAGGGAUGCUGCAAAGGAGAUGCAGCUGUUUUUCUUGGUUUCCCAAAAAUUUCAAAGCAUCUUCAUGGAGCAACAGAAGAUGCAGACGUUUCCCGACUAUGAAGCUCGGAAGGCAACUGCAGAGAAUCUGGGUCUGGCAGGACCUCCUUCAGCCCUGAAAAAGAGAGCCAAUUGGAUUCCCUUUAUAAAGAUCAAGCCAAAAUGUGAUCCCUGGCAAAGGAAACUUUUGAUCAGACUAAAAGAACGGAGACGAAUAGAUGCACUAAUGCACCUGCAAGCCAAGUUUUUGAAGAUUUCCGACCCUGAGCAAGUAAUGCAAGCGCUUCGCGAUCACGCUGCAAAGACAGCCACGCUGGCGCCACGUCAUCACCCGUCUUUCGUGACUGCCCAGGGUGUGCCUCAGCGCAGCUAUGACCAGAUCUGGGAGAAUAUUUACAGCAACGUCCGUCUCUACCAGAAUGGAAACACAAAGGAUGAUGACCUUUCUGUGGAACAAAAUGAAAAUGAACUAGCUCAAAGGAGUCCCAGCCAAUGGACUGAUAGGCCUGUCAAGCAGAGAGAAGAGACAGGGUACAACUACGCAAUGACCCUACAACUGCUGGGCCUGGAUGAUGAGGGGGCUGAGCCCGGUGCACGGGAUCCUGCCCUGAUGAGAGGGGCCUACUUGUCCUUUCUGUAUCUGCGCCACCUGCGGAUCAGGGAGCUGCAGCGCAUCUGCUUGGGAAUUCUGAACUAUUUCAGAUCCGUGGAGCGAACCUUGACCAUCAACACUUCAGGCCUUACUGUGGCUUCAGGGGACAUGGUCCCUACCAUGGAAGACAGUUGCUGGGCAAACGUGGCCAAAGAAGGCUUGGGCGCCUCGCAAGGCCUCGGGUCCUCUGCCGAGCACAAGGCCCACAGCACCCAAUUCGGGGAGUUCUCUGAAGUGGAGGACCAGGAUGACUAUUACAGCAUGGCUGCUGGCUGCAUCCACAGCCAGGACCAGCACGGGGUGUACGUCAUGUAUGAUGAAGCCCUGAGUGACCUGCAGGGGCUGGAGGCUGAGCUGCUGCUUGUGGCCAGCCAUUACAUCCAGAAAGAAAAAGGUCACAAAGAGGGCAGUGAGGUGGAAAGUGGCCAGCACUGGGGAUGGGCCCACGCGAGUGUGGACAGGUUUGCAGUGCUGUAUCACCUGUGGACUUGGGAAGCCACUCUUCUGGAAAACAAGCGCCAGCUUCUUGAUAGCUACUUCGAAGCGUACCAGCACACGCUGGAUCCUCAAGAGAGGUUGGCCUUAGCUCAAGUGAUGACUGACAUCAUGCACCGGCGCCCCAGGUUCGAUCUCGGCCACGCCUAUUUCAUUAAGGCCUACCAAGAGGAGUGCACCUGCCUGAGGUUUCACCUGCAGCUAGUGAGGCGCAUCCUCCACCAGCAGAUAGAGUGUCAGCGGGAAUAUGUCCAGAGGCUUUGGCGAGAAGAUCAUCUCGAUCUUGAUGAUAGGAAUAAAUUCGGCCUUCCCCUCAACAUCAUUUGCAAACAAUUGAUUUCCAUCAACAACAGCUGCCCAGCUUUGGAAGACAUUUAUCUGCUGGAGUUCCAUCCUUCUCUUGGCCUGGCUGCACUCAUCCCCAAAGCCCUGGACUACCUCCUCCAGGAAGCCUGCCGGGCCUCUAGACCCACAACAGCCAGCGGCCUUGCCCUGCUAGAGCGACGCAUCCUGCGGCUGGCCCUGGACCUGUGCUUUGCCCCGACCCAGCCUGAGACCUGGUACAGUGUGCGGCUCCAGACAGAGCUGUUUUCGGCUAAAGUGAUGGGAGAUCCCUUUCUCGUGGAAGAGAUAGGCCUGCUGGCUCUCCAGCCUGCAGCAGCAGCAGGACAGGAACGAGGGCUGGGGCCUCCUGUGCUGCCCCUGGACACGUUCGCCAGACUCCUGGAGCUCUUGACCCUCCGCCACCGGCUGAUAGAAGCGAGUCUGCAGAGUGCGCACUUAGCUCGGCUCUAUAAGGAGUUGGCACAGGAGAUGGGGUUUGAAGAGUUCCAUUUGCACCUGAGGCCUGUUCCCUUUGAGUUUGCAUCACACAAGGAUGAGGUGGAUGGAUCACCGCCUGCCUUUGUAACUUCCCUGCUGGAGGACGCUGGCCAGCUGGACAGGUAUUCUCCUACUGCUCUCGUCUUAGCCAUCUCCGAAGUGGACGACAACCAAAUCGGCAAAUUUAGUUUUUAUACGAAGGAAGCCAUCCUUAAGCUCUUGUUCCAUUCUGGAGUGGAGAAUAUGCAGGUGACCCUGGCAUGCCAAGUUGCUCAGAAAAAUGCCCUGAUGGUGGCUGUCCGGCAGGCAUUCUUCUAUCACACUCCUCGAGGGCACUGUGCUGAGGCCAAGGAAGUAAGUUCCGAUCCGAGGACUCCCAGAAGAAGAAAUUCCAGAGCUGUCAGUGGCACGGAGAGUUUGUUGGUAUCCCCAACCCCAAAAGCCCCAGAUGUGCUCGCUCAUUCUUCAGAGAGAUUUCAGGCUUCCAAAAGAGCUGCGGAGGCCUUCGUGUCGAUUCAGCUGGAAAAGGCGGGGCUGCGGGACCUGAUGCUGAAUGACUUCCUCCUCAGGAAACAGGCCCUGGCCAACAGGAUGGAGAGCCCCGAUGAAAUUGGAAAAGUCAAGAGGGACGUGAUAACCGAAUAUUGUCAGAAGUUUAACCGCCGCAUGUGUCACCACGCUCUCCGGGGCCAGAUCGUGGCCUACUACAGCAGCCUGAGGGCGCUGCUGGAAGACUUCCCCACCAUCAGGGAUACCUUUUUCAUGGUGGGCCGAGCACAGGAAAAGAAGGGGCCGAGGGACCCCGAGGAGGGCCUCCAGGCCGACCCCAGGAGCUUCCAGCCCCGGCCUCGGUGUUUGCUGUCCCCUGAUGGAAAAGUCUUCCUCAACUUGUGGUUCCUGCCCCACCCUUCCGAAGUGCUGGCGAUGUUCAGAACUCUGCCAGAAAAGGCAGCGUUCAGAGCCUUACAGCUCACUCUGCGGCUGGUGGCACCUCUGCACGACAUUGUGGCCUACCUUCUCAGCUUUGCAAAACUGGGCAAUGGCCCAGCAUCUUUUGAGUGUCCUCUGAGCCCAAGCGCUUGGAGGGGUGACUGGGGAGGAACGGAGGGCAUUGGGUCCGAGCUGCGAGAGCUGCAGAAAAUGCUUGACAACCUCCAGAGCCCCCGGGACCCCUGCCAGGUUUCCCAGGCCCUGCUCCUCCACAGGGAGAUUCUGUUGCUGCAGUUCGACACGGCCGUGAGGCACCGCAUCAGAAACACAUUUUUGGCAGCUGGAAAUGUUCGUGCCUACCAAUCCGUCACCGCUGGCAUGUGCCAUGGGCUGCCACCCCUGAGCAGCUGUCUCACGAAGAGCAUAUUCGCUUCGCAGCUCGGUGUGCCCCCGCCACUGGAUCCACGGAGCCUGCAGGCGUCUCUGCUGUUCCCGUGGAGAGCGCUGUUGGAGGACGGAGGACUGUUUCCCGCUAUGAGCAGCAGCCCGGACAGCCUGGAGCACGGUAUGCAGCUGUGCCUCUGUGGGCUGAGUGACCGUGACCGCAAGGUGGCUCAUGGAGAGCUGGUGGCCGUGCAACUGCUCCUGGAAGACGUGCUUCUGCGCAGUGAUCCUGUGAGCACAGGGGCUCCCCCUGGACGGCAAGCCACCCCGGACAAAAAUCCACAGCCAACUCAGUCCGGAGGAGCAGGAUCCAGAAGUCGGUUCCCAAGCAGCACCAAGACCGCCCCGCUGCUGGAGGGCCCACGCGAUGUCCUCGCGUCCCUGGCUUUGCUGAGAUCGUUUCUGAUGGCGUGGAAGCAGCUGGAAGCGCUGAAGGAGCACUGGGGCCAACUCAAGCUGCGAGGCCGGGACGUCGACUCCGUGUCUGCCCACAAACAACUCUCGGAGCUCUACCAGACCGACAUUCUGUACCCCAGCAUGAAGGCCAUAGCUAGGAAGAUGGGAAAAGAAGAUGAAUUUGAGGGACUUACUGUAAAUUGUCAGUCAAUAUUUCCCCCUCAAGGGGCCUCAGAAAUGGAAAUAAAAACACAGCAGCUCCAGCAGCUUCUGGAAAAUGUUGAAAUUCACAUGAUCCAGGAGGUAUUAAGAAAAGUGAACAGAGAGAUGACACUGGUUUUAUCAGAAAAGUCCAGGAAAGAGUGUCCUCUCCCUACAGAUCUCUGGAAACACCAAGCCAUGAAAGAAAACUUUUCAAUCUCAAGACCACAAAUAGUUGAAAAAUUCAUCCAGAGAUUAAUGGAGAGCUACAAAGACGGUGAACACGAGAUCACUUUCCGAAGGGAGCAUCUGGAGGCCUGCCUCCUGUCCCUGGGCUGUGACGUGAUGGCGCGAGAACGCAGCAGCUUCGAGGCCUACUCCCUGUGCUACGAGCAGGUGCUGCAGCACGCGAGGCAGAGGCUGCGCCAGAAGGAACAGGAGUUAGAGGUCCUACAGAGAGGACAAGGGCCGCCCGAAGACGUCGCUACUCAGGUUGCAGAGCUUAGUCACGAUAUGAUCAUGGAAAUCACUGCUCUGAGAGCCCAACUCACAGCUUUGGAAGAGGAGAAUCUGAAUCUCAGAAACCAGAUCAGAAAAGAAGUCCAGGAAGAAUACGAAGCGCUCGUCCAAGCUUUGUUUGUGACCUGUUUACACAUAAAAGAGAAGCUGGAUGAGAAUCAGCUUAAUUUGAUCCAGAGAGUGUACCAGCUCAUCGGCGAAGUGAGAACAGAAGGGAUCGCCACUAUGAAGGCCCUAAAGAAAAAGUGGGGCUCCGCCGGGUCGGAGGAAGGGAUGAAGGAAAACACAGCCCAAGAGCAGCUGCUGGCCUCGGAGCAGGACAACUGCAGCCUGGCCGCCCUGGUGUGCAAAGCGAGGAGCCUGGGCCGCUGGAGGCUGAGCGCGCAGCAGGCGCACUUCCAGGGCCAGCUGAGCCGGGCAGAGAAGGAAUCUAUGCAAAGUAAGAAAGAGUGUUUGAGCAUCCAGCUGAUGGCAGAACAGGAAGUGAGUUUACUUCGCCAACAGUUACUGGGUCUCAGGCGGGCCCUGGCCAGGGCUCACGAUGACAACGCGAGGAUGUGGAAGCAGCAGGACAAGCAGGCUCGAGCGCUGCAGGACCUGCGGAGCAGAGUGGCGCAGGAAGCGCUCCACCGGCGGCAGCUGGACGCCGUGAGAACCUGCAGCGUGGAGAAGCUCCUGGAAGACGUAGGGCUCAAGGAGCAGCAACUACAGCUCCUUACCGAGGAGGCCCAGAGGACUCGGAGGCGGGGCCAGCUGCAGCAGAAGGAGAUGACGCGAGAACUCCGCCAGGUGAGGAGCCGGCUGGCCCGGGAGCGCAGUGCGAAGCUGAGCGCCUUCCAGCGCCUGGAGGAGCUGCAGAGUCAGCUCCAGGACGCCCCACCCGGCUCCCCACAAGGCCUUCUGUCCCAGGCUCACUGCUCCCUAAGUUCUGCCUCCACACCAUCCAGGCACUCCCAGCUCCAGUUUUUAAAGACCAAUCUUAUGGACAGUACCCUAACAAGAAGGAUACAGCGGCCGAAGACUGUGCCUGUUAAACACAGAAAAAUGGAUUGAGGAUUUUCUUCCUAUCUGAUGUGGCAGAAAAUGUUCACCCUGACAGCUUUUCAAGGUCAAACAUCUUCCUCCAGAAUGCCACCGGACAGACCCAACUGGUAACCAUCUCUGCUUUUUCCAAGUUUUAUUUCCAUGAGGAUGUGAGUGAAUAAAAAUGGCUGUAAA